UGGAAUGUUUCAUUCAGUUGAGCCAACGUGAUCCAAGGCAAACGAGACCCGGUGCGUGUCUAACGAAUCGUUUACUUAUCGUUCGUCGCUUUUCCGUUGCGUAUCGGUUUUCUGCUUCGUACGUACGCACAGUGGAACUAUCGAAUUUGUUAAUUAUUUCUCGAAACAGUUGAAUUUCCCUCUCUCGAUGGUGUCAAACUAUCCAUGUUCCAUUUCUCGUCUCAUAGUAAUUGGAAAAUUUCUACAAUUACGAUAAACGUUGCCCGAGAUAUGAUACAAUACCACUACGAAGAUGAGAAAGUAAAAGUACUAAAAGUUGCAGCUAUGGCUUGGAAACUAACACCUACGACAUGCACAAAAUGCAUAGAACGCGCGGAAGUAAAAACACAACGACUACGUCGACAACAUUACUUUCAUGUAAUGCAUUACAUAAUAAACGUGUCUUAUUAAGCGAAAGUCACUGUUUUCAUCAUUUAUAUCAAAGAUUUCCAUUAACGAAAUAUUAUUUCAUGCCAAGUCAAACGUAUCAGAGACCAAGGAAAAUUAGAAGGCAAAUAAGAAGCAACAAAACGCAAAGUUGUUCAAUCACGUGGUCGAAUUAUUAAUUAGCGAAGUGACUGAUUGUGAGAAUCGACAAAGAUCGAUAUUAAACGGUUUGAAUUUGUUUAAACCUGCUUCGAUAUGGCGCAGCCAGAUGGGGAAGAACACCGUUCGAUGUUAGGAUACCAUGCGGCCGAUUACGAUGCAAAGAUAAUACAGGUUGGCAAUGUUUGCGAAGACAUUGAAAAUAAUAAUACUCACGAUAAAGAUAGCACUUUGGACGAAAAAUGUGACGUGAUAUAUUACUCGUCAAAUUCCAAAGGUAUAUUCGCACAGUGCUUGGUAUCCGGUGCGGUAUUAUUGCUACUAACCGGCGGAGGAAUGCCAAUUGGUUACAGUGCAAUUUUGUUACCGCAAUUGGCCGAAGAAAAUGGUACGAUGUACGCUGAUCGGCAACUUGGAUCCUGGAUAGCUUCGGUUCAUAGUCUAGCAACACCUGUCGGAUCUUUGGUAUCCGGCCCAUUGUUGGAUGAGAUUGGCAGACGUGGAUCUUUACAAUUUGCAGCAGUACCGCUAUUCGUUGGAUGGUUCGUGAUAGGUUUUGCCAAAGACAUUUCCUGCCUUUUGAUAGGAAGAGUUGUACUAGGUUUUGGCGUUGGUCUAAUGGGAGUACCAGCUCAGGUGUUACUGGGUGAAACGGCUGAUUCGACGCUUCGUGGAUUUCUGACAGGAAGUACGCUCACCUUUUAUUGCCUCGGUAUUGUCAUCAUUUACGCGUUAGGAGCUUGUUUUACGUGGAACAUCGUGGCCCUUUGCGGGGCCGUUCUUCCCAUAACGGCACUGAUCGCGUUAAUCCUGAUUCCGGAAAGUCCUGCUUGGCUCGUAAGACGCAAGAAACCCGACAAGGCGAGAAAAGCCUUGCUGUGGUUGAGAGGAGGUAACGUGCAACAGGUUGAUGCCGAAAUGAGAAUAUUGGAAGCUCGAAUGAAAACAGACUUAGCACGGACGGCUACGACCACGACUUCACGGCUCGGACAAAUUUCCUCUGUCGUUUCUACGCUCCUCGAUCCUAGUGUUUUGAAACCACUAACGAUCAUCAAUAUCUUUAACAUUCUUCAGUUAAUAAGUGGGACGUUUGUCAUCGUUUUCUAUGCAGUAAAUCUCGUCGAAGAUAUCGGUGGUGACAGGAUAAAUAACUAUUUGGCAGCGGUAAUUACGGCCAUUACUAGGGUCUUGUUUAGUUCAAUAGCGAGCGUUUUAUUGUUGAAAAUAAAUAGGAGAUAUCUAGGAAUGUUUUCUGCCGUGGGGACGGCCUUCGCUUCCUUAGUCCUCGCAGGAUAUUUAUCGAUUCAGGAAGAAUCUUCUAUCGACGUUUACGUUGUUGGUAUUUUUCUAUUGAUCUACGUGGCAGUGAGCUCCAUGGGAUUGAUGACAUUUCCAGGGUUAAUGGUUGCCGAGUUACUUCCGCAAAGGGCUCGAGGAAUUGGCGGUGGUUGCAAUUUCUUCUUUUUCAACUUAUUCAUCUUUAUAGUUACAAAAUCUUUCCCCGCGGUAAGCGACACAGUAGGCAUUACUGGAAUUUUUGCAAUUUUUGGCAUUUCCGCCCUCUUGGAGGCAGUAUUCGUUUACGUUGCUUUACCGGAAACGAAAAAUCGCACGCUUCAAGAAAUCGAGGACUACUUUCAGCAAGACAACUUACUUUGGAUUACUCGUUCGAGAUAAAGGACGAGCGACGAGCCAUUCUACGUAAUCUCAUCCUACCUAAAGAUUCGUACUUUAAAAUGUACAAGCGUAAGAUUUAUAUACAAUAUAGGUAAUUAUAAUGGAAGA